AUGCACAAAAUUGAUUCCUUUGUUGUAUCAGUUAGUGCCGACAGUGAGACAGAAAAAAAAGUUGAAAGAAGUAUUGAAGUAAAAAGUGAAAAUAUUGGUGUUGAUAUUGAAAUUAUUGAUGUGUAUAAAGUAAAUAUUAAAAGUAAUGAAGAAAUUCCGGCUGCGGUUAGUGUUGAAGAAAAUGUUCCAAAUACUAGCGUAUCAGAGACUACCGGGAAUCAUGUUGCUCUGGAUAUCUUUGACAAUACUGCAGAGAUUUGUGAAUUACAUCAAUCAGAAAUUCAAUCUGACAUUGGAAUAUCUACCAUAAGUGACGACGCGGCCCAAUGGAUAUUGAAUGAUGCUACAAUUGAGUAUUUAUCAACACAUGGUAUUAAACAAAAUACCAAUAGUGAUUUUACUAACUCAAAAAAACAACAUACUGAUAAAAUGCGUAUUCUAACAAAAAAUGUGUUUGAACGACAUCUUUCAAAUGGUGAAGUAAAGCCACGGCAAUAUCUUGUAUAUUCGGAGAGAAAAGGAGACGUGUUUUGUGCCCCAUGUCGAUUAUUCGGAGGGAUCUCUAGUCUGGCAACGAGUGGAUACCAUGACUGGAAAAACAUAUCAGCUCGACUACGUGAACAUGAAAAUUUGACUGAACAUAAAAUGUGUGUACUGACAAUGGUGAGGAGAGGCAAGAUAUCCAGAAGAAUUGAUAUGAAUUUAAAAUUUCAUAUGGAAGAAGACAUUAUGUAUUGGAGAAAUGUGUUGAAGAGGAAUGUAGCAGUGGUAAAGAAACUUUCAAGCAGAGGACUUGCAUUUAGAGGUAAGGACCCACCAAGGUAGAGGAGGAACUUUGGCACAGUGGAAAAAUUUGGAUCACCUUAUAAUGGCAAUUACAUGAUGGCCCUUGAGCUUGUUGCAGAAUUCGACCCACUUUUAGCAAAUCACAUUGCACGUUAUGGAAAUGAAGGUCAAGGUAACAUAUCUUAUCUUUCAUCCUAUACAGGUAAUGAAUUUAUAACACUGAUGGCUUCAAAUCUGAUCUCAAAUGUUAUUAAAGAAGUAAAAGAAGCGAAAUAUUUCUCAGUAAGUGUUGACUCAAAUCCCGACAUAACUCAUAUUGAUCAAUUGGCUUUUAUACUGAGAUAUGUAAACGAUGAUGGCAUACCAGUAGAGAAGUUUGUUUGUUUUUUACCAAAUACAGGCCACAAAUCAGAACAGUUAGCUGAUGCUGUACUUUCAACUUUGAAUUGUUAUGGAUUAGAUAUCACAAACUGCCGUGGACAGUCGUACGACAAUGCCACUAACGUGUCCAGUAUAUAUAGCGGGUUGCAAGCAAGAAUUAAGAAUAUAAAUCCUUAUGCUGUGUAUGUGCCUUGCUCUGUGCAUUCUUUAAGUCUGGUUGGAGUAUGUCCAACAGAAAGCUGUCAAUACUUUGUUACAGCAGAUACAACAGUUCAUGCUAAAAAAUUACAGUGUCCAUUAUUUUGGAAAGGGCAAAAACCCUUUAUUAAGGGGCGGGAAGCAUUCAGCAUGUUAUGCCGUAGAUCGGAGGUUAUGGCCAAUGACAAACCAAAGCCUUCCAAAAAGGUAAAUAAGAGAUCCCUGAUCUAUGAAUUGUACUUAGCCAGUGUUGAGCUCCGUAAGAGCGGAGAGACACAGGCUGCCAAGAUCAGUGACCUCCAAUUCCAACUACGAGCACAGGAUCAGGAACUAGAAACACUAGGGUACAAAUUAGAAGGGCUGGAGGCACAGAUCACCACUUACGUGUCCCAGCUGGGGCGUCUGGAGCUCCAGAUCCAAGAUCUAGCCACCUCACUAGUAAAAAGGGAGAAGGAAGCUCUCUCUCCCAUCAGACCCAACAAGUAG